AACCGGGAGUUACGGGGGGGUCACUGGAACCGGGUUGGGGCAGGGAGUCGCUGGGGCUUACUGGGAGUCAUUGAGGCUGGGGGGGUGCCGGGAGCGUGGGUGGAAGUGAGCAGGCCUGUACUGGGAGUUGCAGGGACUUGGAACAGAGGGUUACUGGGAGUUAGUAAAUCCAUGAGGCGGCUGCUGGGAGUUACGGGGACUGGAAAUGAAGGGGUGCCGGGAGUUACUGGGCCCUUAGAGGGGGUGGCUACUGGAACUUACUGGGAGUUGUCCCACCCCAAGGUGCCACCAAUGGCCGAGAGUGAGCACCGUGGUAUUGGUGAGCCCCGGGUGCCUGGGACCCCCCCCAAACCCCUCUGGGGUUCCCCCUUACCCCCCCCAGACACUGGGGUCCCCCCCCUUGGUCUGUUGGGCCUCAUCCCCCCGUCGCACUUCACGCUCCGCCCCGCCAGCACCAGGCCCCUGGGGGCGGGGCUGGAGGCUGAGAAGAGGCGUGGCCAAGAUCUGGAGGCGGAGCUUUAUGCUGAGAAAAGGCGGAGUCAAGCGCUGGAGGCGGAGCUUGAGGCUGAGAAAAGGCGGAGCCACGCACUGGAGGCGGAGCUUGAGGCUGAGAAAAGGCGGGGUCAAGGCCUGGAGGUGGAGCUUGAGGCUGAGAGGGGGCGUGUCCAAUCGCUGGAGGCGGAGCUUGUGACUGGGAGGAGGCGUGGUCAAGCCCGGGGGGCGGAGCCUGAUGGGGGACAACCCAUGGGGGAGUGCCAGGCCCAGGUGCUGUUCCAGGCCCGGCUCAGCGCCCUCGGCCACAUCCUGACCCUGCAGGAGCACGAGCUGGGCCGUGAGCUUCCCCCCUCCGGGGUGCCCAUGGCAAUGGCCCCCCCCCAGCUGCAGGCACUUUUGGGGCGCUGGCGGGAGAAGGUCUUCACCCUCCUGGUGCAGCUGCGGGUGCAGGAGGAGGCGCAGCGGGUGCUGCGGGCGCAGGUGGGGACACUGGAGGCGGCGGUGGCAGCGGGGACGCGCCGGGUGACACGACUGGGGCUGAGCCUGCGUGAGAGGGCGGCCAGCGCAGAGCUGCAGCGUCGGGACACCGAGCGCCUGGCACAGGAGGUGAUGCGGCAGCGGGGACGCGCAGAGGCGGCUGAGGAGGCACUGGGGGAACUGGCCCGGGCGGCUGCCAGGCUGGCCGGGGUGGUGACAGCACGCGAGGCUGAGGUGACAGCAGCCACCAGGAGCAUGGUCACCCUCAGCGCCCGCCUGCGCCGGGCAGGACAGCGGCUCCGUGUCCUCCAGGGGCUGGUGGCCCCAGCGGUGGCCUUGGACCGGCCGUGGUGGCAGCAGGACCCAGCAGGGGACAACCCAGUGCCCAAGGUGACAGGCAGUGCCCAUCGGCUCGCGGGGAUGGUGGCCAAGGUCCGGCGCAGCGGCACGGCCUUGGGGGCGGCUGAGGAGGUGACACACAGCUGGGUGACAAAGGAUGAGGUGACGCAGGACGAGGCCAUCCCCCGUGAGGACAGGACUGGCCACCUCCCCAGCAGAGCGGCGCUGGGCUCCCUCGUGACGCAGCUGCAAGCUCUGGGCGCCGCCAUCCUCGGAGACGACGGUGACAACAGUGACUCCCCCUGACCUUACUGCAGACCCAGGCAUCCGGGAACCGCUGACCUCCUGGAUGAGCGUGUGGAAAGUUGUUGAACCUUCAUCCAACGGAAAGUAUCCACCUAGAAAGUGCAGCGAGUGUUCCCGGGAGUUUUGUUAACAGCCGGUGAGGUGCUACCACCGGAGAAGAUGUGGAGAACAUCGAAAAAGGCAAGAACCUUCAUGCGACGGACAAUCCAAACCCUUCCCUGAGGAAACCCGCACAGAUACUUGAUGGAUAAUCAAGGAAACUCAAUUAAUCCGUCAUCACGUCCCAGCUGGUGACUGCCACCGUAACGCGGACGCGGACACCCAACGUACCCAGAACCCACUGGUGGGGCAGCAGGAACUGAGGUGUCCACCCACCCACGUGCACCCACCAUUUGUGCAGUUGGGAGUAGGGUGCAUCUAGGAAUGGGGACCAGCUUGGCACUGGUGGAACCCUCACGUUACCCUAUAGGUGACGGUGCCAUCCCAGUCUGGACCAGUCCGGGACUGGUAGGAUCCCCACAUCACCUUGUGUCACCUCCCAGGUGGCAGUGCCACCCCAGUUUGGCCCAGUCUGGCUCUGGUGGGACUUCACAUUCCCAUGUGUCGCCCUGCAGAUGACAGUGCCAUCCCAGUUUGGCACUGGUAGGACCCCCACAUCACCCCACAGGUAAUAGUGCCGUCCCAGUAUGGCCCAGUCUGGCAGUGGUGGGACCCCCACAUCGGCCCAUGUCACCUCCCAGGUGGCAGCACCGUCCCAGUUUGGCCCCAGUCACUUACUGGUUCUCCCCAUCCCGGCAUCCCAUCACUUUUAUUUCUUUCUCUUUACAGCUUUGCCCCUUUUUUGCGCUGUUUCGGCCCAUUAAAGCUCAUGGGGUGACAUCA